AUGCCAGUUGCGUACGAAGCAGGUGCUGAAUGGUUUCACCGUGAACUGUGCCGGUUAACACCUCGGAUACUAAGAAUAGCAAUAGUGCUAUGCAUCCUCAUCGCGAUCUUCUCCCAAGCGACAGACAGCGCGCAAACAAAGCGAAGAAUACGGCGGCCAACGAACCUAAAGUCAUCCGUAGCAAAGCCAGAAGAUAAUCAAAUCCCACCGAAAAAAGCACAGGAUCGAUCGGAUCAAGCGCCCGCCUCAGCAACGAAUCGGUUCCGUGUGCGCACGAAAACGCGUGGCUCCGUGGCGGCCGGUGCAGCCGGCACAGCCGUCGUAGCUGGUGCCGCUAGUUCCGCACUCGUUUCAAAGAAGGCCCAGCUCGACAGUGAUGGCUACAAGAUCGUUUGCUACUACACCAACUGGUCGCAGUACCGUACCAAGAUCGGUAAAUUCGUCCCGGAGGACAUCCCGGCCGAUCUCUGCACCCACAUCAUUUUCGCCUUCGGUUGGCUGAAAAAGGGCAAGCUGAGCUCGUUCGAAAGCAACGACGAAACGAAGGAUGGCAAGACGGGCCUGUACGAGCGCAUGAUGACACUCAAGAAGGCAAACCCCAAGCUGAAGGUGCUGCUCGCCAUCGGUGGCUGGUCGUUCGGUACGCAAAAGUUCAAGGAAAUGUCAGCCACACGGUACGCGCGGCAGACCUUCAUCUACUCGGCCAUUCCCUUCCUGCGCCAGCGCGGUUUCGAUGGGCUCGACAUGGACUGGGAGUACCCGAAGGGUGGCGACGAUAAGAAGAACUUUGUGCUGUUGCUGAAGGAGCUGAAGGAAGCGUUCGAUGCCGAGUCGCAAGAAAUUCGCCAGCCACGAUUGCUACUGACGGCGGCCGUCCCGGUGGGUCCGGAUAAUGUCCGCGGUGGAUACGACGUACCGGCUGUGGCCAGCUAUCUCGACUUUAUCAACCUGAUGGCGUACGAUUUCCACGGCAAAUGGGAGCGGGAGACUGGACAUAAUGCGCCGCUGUACUCACCCUCGUCCGAUAGCGAGUGGCGUAAGCAACUGUCGGUAGACUACGCCGCUAACCUGUGGGUGAAAUUGGGUGCACCGAAGGAGAAGCUCGUCAUCGGAAUGCCCACUUACGGGCGAUCGUUCACACUGUCCAACACGGAGCGCUACAAGGUGAAUUCUCCCGCUAGCGGCGGUGGAAAGGCUGGCGAAUACACGAAGGAGUCCGGAUUCUUAGCGUACUACGAAAUCUGCGAGAUGCUGCUCAAUGGUGCGGUGUACAUUUGGGAUGACGAGAUGAAGGUACCGUACAUGGUGGACGGUGAUCAGUGGGUUGGCUUUGACGAUGAGCGUGCGAUUCGUAACAAGAUGAGCUGGAUCAAAACGAACGGGUUCGGUGGUGCUAUGGUGUGGACGGUCGAUAUGGACGAUUUCUCCGGCACGAUCUGUGGUGGAAACGUCAAGUACCCGCUGAUCGGGGCAAUGCGGGAAGAGCUGCGCGGUGUCAGCCGCGGAAAGGAUGCAAAGGAUGUCGAUUGGUCCUCGGUGGCCGCUACCAUCGUGGAGAAGGAAGUGGAAAAGCCAGCUCCUAUUAAGAUCUCCGUUUCGGAACUACUCGCAAAGGUGCAGAAACCUCAGAAGAAGAUCAUUAAGCAGGGUCUUGCAACGGUGGAAAAGAACUCACGACCAGCCCAAGUAUUCUGCUACUUGACGAGCUGGUCUGUGAAGCGCCCGGGAGCCGGAAAGUUCGAACCGAAGGACGUUGACGCCAGCCUCUGCACGCACAUCGUUUACGCGUUCGCCACACUCAAGGACCACAAGCUGACGGAAGCAAACGAGAACGAUCCGGACAUGUACGAUGAGGUGAUUGCACUGCGCGAAAAGAACCCCGACCUGCAGAUUCUGCUCGCCAUCGGUGGAUGGGCGUUUGGUUCUACUCCUUUCAAGGAGCUCACCUCCAACGUGUUCCGCAUGAACCAGUUCGUGUAUGAAGCGAUCGAAUUCCUGCGCGAGUACCAGUUCAACGGACUCGAUGUCGACUGGGAGUAUCCCCGCGGUGCGGACGAUCGCAAGGCCUACGUUGAUCUGCUGCGUGAGCUCCGCGUUGCGUUCGAGGGUGAAGCAAAGACGUCCGGACAACCGCGCCUUCUGCUGACCGCUGCUGUUCCUGCCUCCUUCGAAGCGAUCGCCGCUGGGUAUGAUGUGCCGGAGAUUUCCAAGUACCUCGACUUCAUCAACGUGAUGACGUACGAUUUCCACGGCCAGUGGGAACGUCAGGUCGGCCACAAUUCGCCUCUCUUCCCGCUGGAUUCGGCCUCCAACUAUCAGAAGAAGCUGACGGUGGAUUACAGUGCGCGCGAAUGGGUGAAACAGGGCGCACCGAAGGAAAAGCUACUGAUCGGUAUGCCUACGUACGGUCGAUCGUUUACGCUCGUCAACCAGACGCAGUUCGACAUCGGUGCUCCGGCUUCCGGCGGUGGUUUGCCGGGCAAGUUCACCAACGAGGCCGGUUUUCUGAGCUACUACGAAAUCUGUGCCUUCCUCGGGGUGGACAACACGACGCUUGUGUGGGACUCGGAGCAACAGGUGCCAUUCGCUUACCGUAAGGAUCAGUGGGUCGGUUUCGACGAUGAGCGAUCUCUGAAGACGAAGAUGGAAUGGCUCAAGGAGGAAGGUUUCGGAGGCAUUAUGGUGUGGUCGAUCGAUAUGGAUGACUUCUCGGGUCGCUGUGGAAGCGGUAAAUACCCACUGCUGAACGUGCUCACCAGUGAGCUGAAGGACUACAAGGUGCAGCUGGAAUAUGAUGGCCCGUACGAAUCCAAUGGACCACGUGGUGCCUACACGACCAAGGAUCCCAACGAAGUGACCUGCGCAGAGGAGGAUGGCCACAUCAGCUACCACCCGGAUAAGGCCGACUGUACGCACUACUUCAUGUGUGAGGGAGAGCGCAAACAUCACAUGCCAUGCCCGGCCAACCUGGUCUUCAAUCCGAACGAGAACGUUUGCGAUUGGCCAGAAAAUGUCGAAGGUUGUCAGCAUCACACGCAGUCGCCGGCGGCUUAA